AUGGUACCGUCUCGAGCCUUGCCUUCUUCUGCUAUCAGUCUACUUAUUCGAUUCCUCGCCUUCGAGAAGUCGUCAAGCGUCUUGUUGCAGCGGCCGAUAACCAGCGUUCCUUCUUCUCCCGAUACUUUAUGUCCUUUGUCACGCUACUUUGAAGACCAGAAAAUGGCCACUCUCACCGCACCUCAACCAUCGCGGAAUCCGUUUCGGUCCAACCCGCAAACACCCAAUAUCACUGGCUCGUCAAGCAGGUCGGCACCUGUAAACGGAGACCCUUUCAACAACAGCUCAGAGAGAAGCCGUAGCGUCCCAGCUUCACCUCCGCCAGCAUUCUCAGAUGACCCGCCGGGGACAGUGACGACCCCGCCAACGACGAACAACUCAUCCCGCGAACGGGAGCGCGAGAUGAGGUCAGUCCUGGAGGAACCCCCACCCUACUCAAUCACUCCGUCGGUGCGAGAGGGUGAGACCACCCUCGAACUUGGCCCAGCCAGGCCCUUCCAGCAAUCGUCUUUACCAGCACAUCUUGCUCGGCCUCCAGUUGCGAGCUGGGCACCUCAAACUUCUAUUCAACAACCCAUGCGUACGGGUUCCACAACCCCAUCUCUAGGAAAUCGUACAGGGUCGCUUUUCCGGCAGUUAUCACAGUCGCUGGACAACGUGGUCAACAAUCUCAAUAGCAUCGGCACUUCGUCGAACUCUGGAUUAUCCACCCAUACGACGGGGCAGAGCACUUGGUCGUCCUACCCAGGCCAUCAGCAGCACCACACCCCACCUCCUCGACAACCACCAUACAACUUUACGCCACCUGCUGUGCCACCGCCGAACCACCCAUCCUCGGGUGCGGAGUCUCUUUCUCCUCCCCCAAGAUACCCACUUUCACCUUCUUCGCAAUCCACACCCGCUAGAUCCCCCUCCAGUGCAUCGUCCUCGGAUUUCACUAGAGAUUUCUAUGCUGCUGGGACAGGCGAUGGCUUGGGGGUGGAGGGAGCUUCUAAUAACACACGCCCACCUGCACCCCCGCCCCGCCCGCCUCCUUCAGUAGCUCCGCGUCCCACUCCCCCUUCGAAUCACUCGGUGCCAAACGACGGUCGUCCAACUAACCAUCCUGUGAUUGGUCAUCCCCUUUUGAAGGACGGCAAAGUGCUGGUCUAUCCGAAAGGCCAUGAAUGCGAAAAGUGCCACAAUGUUGGUUACAAGGAUUCCGACCCGCAGCGACCGUGUAAACGCUGCUGGAAUAAGUACGCGAAAGCCUUCACUGGGCCAUUGGCGUACUCCUUUUCCCCAGAGUCUGUGGACCCUAGUGACAACUUCCAACGCCCUCUUUCUCGUAUUCCCCUGCCUCCUCCACCACCACCGCCGCCACCGCCACCACCGCAGCCCUCGUAUCCGCCUAACCCUGCUCCUACUCGCUUCGCUCCGGGCGGUUACAUGCCGAACAACUACGGAGGAUUCCACAAUCCACCUAAUAGGUUUCCGGCGGCGGCAGCUCGUCCUCCGCCUGGGUCGGUGGUGUACUCUGCCGGCGAUCCAAGGAUCGGAGGGCGGCUGUGCUUCAACUGCCAUGGAAAGGGCAACGUCAGCUUCCUGCUCCUGGAGCGUGUUACGUGCGAGGUGUGUGGUGGUAUUGGGAGGACGUUCCAUUAA